AUGUCGGUGGCGUUACGGCCUUGCAGCGACAGCGCGGGACAGCGCACCUUCAACGCGAUUGCGAUUCGCGCAUGUGAGAAGGCAUCGAGUACCUCGCAGCCGCGCUUGCCCGCCGGAGCCCGAAACUCUGGGAGCAACUGGCGGAAUGCCUGGGCUGCUCUGGAAUCCAUCCCGCAGAAGCGCCUGUCUUCCAGCAAGGCUUCCUUGGGUGGUGCCUUGGUGCAGGGAAGCUGGGAGAACGCUGGAGCACUGCUCAGGAGCUUGGCGGCCGCAUGCCUCCGUCUCACCACCUCUACCCUCAAUGCGUGUGCGCCCACGGCGUGGCAGCGCACUGUAGCAAUGCUCAGGGCACUGCCCACGCUGUUUGUGUGCACGGACGUCGUGACAUCGCUGCGAGCUGUAGCGGCAUUUUCUCGCGAGGGGCGAUGGUCCCGUGCCCUGGGCAUCAUGUCCUCGGCGCACCCCUUCGCUUUUCAAGCAAACGUUUUAAGCGCCGGCAUCGGCGCCACUCCCUGGGCGGCUGCGCUGGCGGUGCUGGCGACCGCGGCGGGGGCAGGUGUCCUCGUGGAUCAUGUUUGUGUUAAUGCUGCCGUGACCGCUCUUGCUGCUGGAGGAGUCUGGCACCGAGCUGUCGAUUUUUUAAGGGAUUCACUGGCCUCCAACAUGGUGCGCUUCAGCACUGCCAUUGCGGCUUGCGAUGCAUCCGGGCACUGGGCUGCUGCAAUGAGGAUCUGGGCCACGAUGCGCUGCAGGCGCUCAGAUUGCGACACCAUUUGCUUGAACAGCCUCGUCAGCAGCUGCUCCAAGCGCUGGCGCUGGCCUUUGAAGCUCCUGGGCGUCGGGGAGGCGGCAAGGAUCCGCCGGGACGUCGUGAGUUUCAGCUCGGCGAUCCGUGGCCUGCAGGGAUCUCAGAAGUGGGACCAUGCUGCAGAGCUGCUGAUGCACAUGGCGCGGCUAGAGGUGCCGCCAAACCUCGUGACGCGGAAUGUCGCGCUAGCUGCACAGGGCAGUCGAGGCGACUGGCAACAAUCCCUGUGGCUGCUGGCCGAGUCGAAAGGGGAAGUCAGCUACCGGGCGGCCAUCGACCUUUGCGACCUGGAGGGCCAGGAGGAGCAAGCCCGUCUCCUUCUCGACGAGGCGCACGUCUCAGGCACAGAGCUCUCGAUCUCCUUCUACCCCUGGGCCUUUGGCCGCCUUCUCCUUUUUGAAGCCGGGUCGACCCACGACGCGCUCUUCUCGGCCCUCCAUGUGUUGCAGACCAGCGAAUCGCGGCUUCCUCCACAGGAGGUAGCCACGCUUCUUUGGUCUUCGGCCAUGCUCAGUGCAAGUAACCCUUUGUUCUCCAAGCUGCUGUGCGAGCAAGCUCUGGAUCAGAUGCUUGGAUUCUCGUGUGAGGACCUGCUGCUUCUGGCCUGGGGCGCGGCAGCUAGUGCUCUCAACUUUCGGCUGUCGCUGCAGAUCGUGGAUGAGACUAUGCGGCGUCUCGCCUAUGAUGCCACCUUCGGGGGGGAUGCCCAGGUGUUGCUUGGAGUGGUUUGGGCCUCCCAUUUCGCAGGGGUCGCUGGGCCUGGCCUUCAAGCGGCGGUCGCAGCACAGCUCCAGAGGGCGGCCAGUAGGCUGGAGGGGCCGCUGGUGGGCCUACGGGAUGAGUUGGGUACCCGCACCUCAGAGACGCUGGUGGCUGGCCGCGAACCGGCGCUUCUUCACAUGGGAUCGGUGGUUGCUGUGGCCAAGCCAGCGGGGUGGGAGGUGUGGGGUGGCCACCAUCCGCGGCAGCUGUGGCAGCACUUGCAGGCCGCCGAGGGUCUGCGCCAUAGCAUCCUCCGCGAUGCAGAGCAUGGGCACGGUUUCGUGCACCGGCUGGAUGUGCCAGGAAGUGGGCUGGUUCUCUUUGCUUGCAGUUACGAGGCCUACUACGACCUUAAGCUGCAGCUGGCCCUGGGGCAACUCGAGCGGCGCUACACGGUGCUCAGCCACGGCUUGGCGACCACCAGGAAUGUCACCGCCCAUGUGCACUGGAAGGAUCGGGGACCCAAUGGCAUCCGUGAGCUGCCUAGUGUCUCCGGUGGCCGAGGGAAGCCUUGCGGUACCGAGAUAAUGCUGCGGGCACAUGGCUUCAAGGAGGGUCGAGCGCUGUCGUUGCUCACGAUUCGGAUCCGAACUGGACGGCGGCAUCAAAUCCGGUCUCACUGUGCGCAUAUCGGUCAUCCCAGUGUCUACGACGGCAAGUAUUCCACUUUGGACACCUCCUUUGGCGAUGCCAAGUGGUGUGAGCAGAAUUGCCUGCAUCGUUCCCAACUCAUCUUCCGGUCACAAGGGCGACUCCGUGAGAUGCUUGCGCCGCUUCCCGAGCCCUUCGCAAAGCUCCUGCAGACCCUCGAGAAGAAAACCCUCGAGCAGUCUUGGGGCACACUCUGA